UUACUGCCCACCAUGGCUGAGCCAGCUGACCACAAGACAUACUCUUUUAACUGUGGAUCACCAAAAGAGACUUCAUCAUCUAAUCACCACAAUUGGAAUCUCCACAUGUCAGAAUGCAUCAAUGGAGUCUCAAGAGCUUCUUCCAGGAAAACCAUGUACAAGGACAUAGAAGCAUGUACAUUCACGUGUGAAUUCACCUAGAGUCUCUAUUUCUGCAGGUAUGUAUUUCAUCCGCCUCUACUUCAUUCCAAUCUCAUACGAUGGCUUAAGCAUAUCAAAAGCUGUGUUUAGCAUCUCUGCCAACCAUUACACUCUUUUAAACACUUCCAUGAAUUCUUCAUACACUUCUUUAGACACUAGUACCGAUUACUACACAGUCAAAGAAUUCUGUGUUGAAGUUGAGGGAUCAGAACUCAACAUCACAUUUUCUCCAUCCAAAUAUGUUUCAAAUGCCUACGCCUUUGUGAACCGAAUUGAAAUUCUUCCAUUAGUCCCUUCAGACCUUUACCUGCACAAAAAUGCAGCCCUGCCUCUUAUAGGAAAAAAGAACUCCUCUAAAUCCUUUAGUGGGAACUCUAAUGCCCUUGAGCUAAUGUACCGACUAAAUGUUGGUGGGAAUGCCAUCAAGCCUGAAGAUACAGACCUGCACAGGACUUGGUUGGAGGAUUCACCUUACCUUGUUAAUGAUCCUGCAACCACGAUGAAUGGAAGAAUUGAGCAGGAGCAUGGCAUCCCCUUUCAAGAAAUUGCACCUGAGGAAGUCUAUGCAACUGCCAGAGAACUAGAAUGGCUGUAUCCUUUUGGAUUUAUGAACCUCACAUGGUCCUUCAGUUUAGAUACCGGUUUCUUUUACCUUGUUAGGCUACAUUUCUGCGAGAUUCCACGCACGCUGCAUCAAGAACUUGUUCUGGGUUUUUACCUUCUGUUACCACUAGUUUUCUCUGUUCUAUUGUACAUACUACCCGAGAUACGAUGGUUUCUGAAAGUAGCUUUUCUCUUAUGUGGUCACUCUGAAUGGCAAAGGAAAACCAUCUUUAAAUGGGCAUCUGAUGAUCAGUGCCAAUAUUUCAGCCUUACAGAGCUUAAAGAGGCAACAAAAAACUUCUCUACAGCCACUUUGCUCAGCUCGGGUGGCUUUGGCAAUGUAUAUGAGGGAUAUGUUAACGUUCAUGGAAAGGCUACCCAUGUUGCAAUAAAACGCAGAAGCUCAAAUUCCAAUCAAGGUCUACAUGAGUUCCAUACAGAGAUUAUCAUGCUUUCUAAAGUUACACAUUUGCAUCUCGUCUCUCUGAUCGGAUACUGCAAGGAUGACAAAGAAAUGAUACUUGUUUAUGAGUUUAUGGAAAGAGGCACCUUAAGAGAUCACCUCUAUAAUACCCAAGAACCGCCACUUCCAUGGAAACAGAGACUUGAUAUCUGUAUUGGUGCAGCUCAGGGCCUGCAUUAUCUCCAUGCUUAUGUAAAUCAGAUGAUUAUUCACCGUGAUGUGAAGAGCACUAACAUUCUACUCAACAAAGAAUGGGUUGCAAAAGUUGCAGACUUUGGAUUAUCGAAAAUUUGGCCACCCAAUGGACUCACUUGUGAUACUCAAGUCAGCACAGCUGUUAAAGGAAGUUUUGGGUACUUAGAUCCAGAGUACUAUCGCUAUCGAAAAUUGACAGAUAAAUCUGAUGUUUACUCCUUUGGUGUAGUACUGAUGGAAGUGUUGUGUGCGAGGCCUGCAGUUUUGCCUGUACCUACUACUACUACAGAAGAUGACAUGGAAGGAAUAGAUCAAGUAAACUUAGCAGAUUGGGCAGUUAGAUGUUAUCAAAUGGGUACUCUUGAUCAGAUAAUAGAUCCAUAUCUGAAGGGAAAGAUUGACCACCAUUGUUUCAAGUCCUUCACAGAGAUAGCAAUCAAGUGUCUUCGGUUAUGUUGUUCUGUCUUAACGACUUUUUCUUAA